AACUGUAUUACAGCUAUUGACAAUGUUUUCCAUUAAUUGUGGUUUUAUUAUAUUUAUUUCAUAUUUCCUUAAUAAUGUUUUUUCUUUCUUUUACUAGUGUUUUUCCUAUGCUUUCCAUCUCCUUCCCAUGUUCAACAAUUUGACACAUCUUAAUGUGGAUUUGGGAUAUUGUAUGUUCACUGAUGAAGCUGUAAUGAACAUUCUCCAAAAGACACCUAAAUUGGAAGUUCUUAAUAUUCCUAUGGGAUUUGACCCAGAGACCUGCUUGGAUGGUGAACACUGGAUAUUGAACUCAGUGCCUUCUUGUUUCAAAUAUAGUCUCAAAUUAUUUUCUAUUUCACAUUUUCGUGGGGUUGAAGCUGAAAUCCAGUUGCUAAAGUUUUUGUUAGAAAAUGCCACAGUUUUGGCGGAAAUCCGGAUAUUCUGUUCGAAAAUUUUAUCUGCUGAUUUGAAGAAGCAGGCUGAGAUCAGCAAUCAGUUGCAACCUGUAGGCCUGGGAAGCUGUGUCAUUAAGUUUACAUGAACUUGUUUUACCGGGUAAGACUAACAAGUCUGGUUUGUGGGACAUGCACUUUGCAGAAUGACUUUGUUUUUGUUAUUGGAAUCUACAUAAUAUUGGCUAAAUUUGACUAGUGUUACAAUUUUCAGAAUGAUCAGAGUAUUUCCUAGAUCCAUUGAUCAAUGAUUCAAUAGAAAGCCUCAUCAUAAUCAGGUUUAGAACUUUUUUUGUAAGCAACACUUUUAGUAAAUGUUCCAAAAAUAUUCUUAAUAGUGCGACUACUUUG